AUGGCACCUUCACGAACCUCUCCAGAUGCCACGUCAACAGCUCAAGGCCUCACAAAAGAGCAGCUAGCAACUUUUGAGCGAGAUGGCUACCUCAUCCUUCCGAACGCCCUAUCUCCUGAGAAAGUCUCCGAGCUUCUCGCAGAAACUCACUCCCUCCUGGAUAACUUCUCGCUCUCCGACCAUCCCAUGACAAAAUUCUCUACAGGAGAGAAGAGCGACCAUGUCGGCGAUGAUUACUUUCUGAGUAGCGGCGACAAGAUCAGGUUUUUCUUCGAAGAAGAUGCAUUCGACUCUGACGGCAAUUUAACCAAACCCAAAGCCCGAGCUAUAAACAAGAUAGGACACUAUAUACACGCGCUCUCUCCACCCUUCGCUUCUCUCCUCUCACCAUCCUCACAACACUCUCCAGCGCUUAUUGCUAAGUCUAUCGGGUUUCGCACACCGCAAUGUCUUCAAAGUAUGGUUAUAUGCAAGCAACCCGAAAUAGGCGGAGCAGUCCCUCCACAUCAGGAUUCUACAUUCUUAUACACGAAUCCACCCAGUGCAGUUGGGUUUUGGUACGCAUUGGAAGAUGCGACUGUCGAGAACGGAUGUCUGAGUUUCCUUCCAGGCAGUCACAAGAGUGCUCGCGUCAGUCAGAGGUUUGUGAGAAAGCAAGAUGGCUCGGGUACAGAAUUUGUUGAUAAUGAGGGAUUACAAUUCCCGGUUGGCGGGGAAUAUGGACGAGAGGAUAGUGUAGGGGACUAUGUGCUAGGAGAGGUCAAGGCCGGUUCUCUGGUGCUCAUCCACGGUAACCUGCUCCACAAAAGCGAGAAGAAUGUCAGUAAGAAGGGAAGGAUCAUUUACACGUUCCAUGUUAUUGAAGGAGAUGGAGCAGUCUACGACGAAAAAAACUGGUUGCAGCCCCCAAAAGAAGGAUUUACAAAGUUAUGA